GAUGGCGGCGUCGACUGUGAGCGCAGUCGAGGUAUCGCCUGAAGGAGCGGCUCCGCUGCUCACGAUUCUUCACUUUAAUGAUGUUUACGAGAUCCAGCCGCGUUCAGAGGAGCCUGUGGGAGGCGCGUCCAGAUUUGCUACUGCAUUAAAACAGUAUAAAGCACUUAAUCCCCUGAUCCUUUUUAGUGGUGACUGUUUAAAUCCUUCACUCUUAAGUACAACCACGAAAGGACGGCACAUGAUACCAAUUCUUAAUGCUUUUGGAGUACAGUGUGCAGUAUUUGGAAAUCAUGAAUUUGACUUUGGAGUUGACCUGCUGGAGGACGUUAUAUCAGAGAUGAAUUUCCCUUGGUUGCUCAGCAAUGUCUAUGAUUUAUUUACUUCUGAGCCACUAGGGCAUGGCAUACAAAGCAAGAUAAUAGAAUGGAAUGGUGUAAAAGUUGGCUUAAUGGGCUUAGUGGAGGAAGAAUGGAUUGAUACUUUGGCUACAAUUGACAAGUCAAGUGUGAACUUUAUCGAUUACGUCAUUGUUGCUGACCAACUUUCUCAAGAACUUCGAGCCAAAGGUGCAGAACUUCUAAUUGCUUUGACACACAUGAAAUGGAGUAAUGAUAUAAGACUUGCAAGGAAUGCUGAUGGAUUGAACCUGAUUUUAGGAGGCCAUGAUCAUGACUACGGCACCAAAGAAGUUAAUGGCACUCUCAUUAUCAAAAGUGGAUCAGAUUUUCGAAGCCUAAGUAAAGUUGAUAUUACAAGAACUGGUGAGAAUAAUUACCAAUGUACCACUCAGAAGAUAGAAAUUACAAAAGAGUUGGAGGAAGACACCUUUGUGAACAACAUUGUCCAAGAGUUUACUUUUAAUCUGGAGCACCUAUUAGGAGAAGUGCUAUGUCAGAUAGAGGUAGAACUGGAUGGACGUUUUACUACAGUAAGAAAAUCAGAGAGCAGUCUAGGGAAUCUCGUUACCAAUGCCAUGCUUGAAGCUACUCAUGCUGAUGUGGCAUUACUUAAUUCAGGGACUGGAGGAAGUCAAGAUGAUUGUACAUUGCGUUCAGAUCGCUUACAUCCACCAGGUGACUUCACCAUGCAUGAUCUUUUGUUGGUUCUGCCUAUUGUGGACCCACUGUUGGUUGUUCAGGUGACGGCAGAACAACUGUUGGAUGCUUUAGAAAAUGGAGUCAGUAUGUAUCCAGAACUCGAUGGAAGGUUCCCUCAAGUGGCAGGAUUAGAGUUUGGAUUUGAUCCAAGUGCAGAACCGGGGCACAGGAUUGUUGCAGACUCUGUGAAGGUACAGGGGCAGUACUUGGACAGGAAUAGAACGUACUUACUUGCAAUCAAGGAAUAUCUGGCAAAAGGGAAAGAUGGCUAUGUGAUGUUUCGUAAUUGUCAAUGGCUGGUUGACACAGAAACGGCUCCCAGUCUCUCCACUGUUGUCAUUAACCAUUUUGAAUCAGUAAAAAUUCUGCAAGGACUCAAGAAAUGUAAAUCUGGACAUCGGAUGAGUUUGAUCAAAGUCUCCCAAGCUGCAUCCAUAACAGACUUUGAGAAGAAAGCUGAUGACAAAAUUGUAGUUGCCCCUGUCCCAGAUGUGGAAGGAAGAAUAUAUCACGUUACCAAGGAAAUGAAACAACAUCUUAGACAACUACGAUCUGAACGAGAACUCGGCCAAAGGACAUUUCCAUUGGAUCUCUGUAAUGCGAAUAACUCACUUGGUUGUGAAUUAAAGUAAUAAAAGUAGAAGUUUUGUAUUUUUAGUGCUUAGUUUUAAAUGUUAUUCUCAGGUAAAAUCUUUUAAUAGAAUUAUUUUUCUGUGUUUGAGCAAAUGUUAUAGCAGAACUUUGAUUUUGUAAACUAGUAAAAAAUGCACAGAAGGAUUUUGAAGCUAAGCCAGCCUUUUUUUAAAAAAAAAGUUUCAAAAAAAUGCCUGCUAUGUGGUUUCCUUCUGUUAUUAGAUUGCAUCUAAGAAAAGGUGGUUUAUCAUUUUACUUUAUAACAUCUAUGAGGAAAUCCGUAAAAAUAUUCACAUCAUAUAUCCUAUUUCUGUAUCUUUGUGCUUUCUGUAUUUUGAAUUGUAGAUAAUG